GCAGGGAUGGAUGAAACAAACAAGGCCACAAUGCUGGGAAGGUGGCCUUCAGAGGAGAGCACUUCACUGGGACUGAAACCUUGCAGCUGUGUCACCCAGAGCCUCCAGACAAGAAAAUGGAGUUUAAAACCACAACGUGUGAAUAGAAGCAAGCACCUGUUGAAGGAAAAGGAAAAAAACAAACCAACACCAUACAAAAAAUCAAAAAACAACUUAUAGCAAGAGUUGGAGAGGGCUGAGAAGAGGUGAAGCCAUUAUGAGCUGCCAGAAUGCCACCCUGGAGUUGAAGAGAGGGUCCCAGCAGGGGCCAAGGAGCCUGGUGAGAAAUGCAGAAGGUGCAAGUGCAGAGGAAGAGGUCAGCCCAGCCCUGCUUGAAAACCAGCUCAGCUUGGGUGACUUUGUCCAAAUACAGAGAGCCUUUGAGUCCUCAGAGCCAGGUCAAACCAUCUGUAUGUCCAGAGAAGAAUUUACGCAGAGGAUGACAGAGAUUGUUGGUUGGGGCACCAAGGAAGACUACGGAGAGCUCUUUGAUAAAGUGGAUGUGGCCCAAGAUGGCUUCAUUAACUGGGACAAGCUGACUUCAUUUAUAUUGUUAACACUUUAUGAGAAAGAUGAACAAUCCAAGGCAAUGGUGGUUCCCCAGUGGAAAGACCUGGAGUUCCUCCCAGUGAAGCACAAGGACACCAUUCAAAAAGUAAUUUUCCUAAAAAGUUCAAGCCGUUAUCUGACCAUCAGUAAGGAAGGUUUAUUAGGAAUCUGGGGAGAGAAUUUAAAGCUGCAAGAAACACUUCCCAUCACUUCUGAUGCCACCAGGCUUAAACACCUGUGGGUGACAAGUAUGGUUUCUCUGGAAAAUGUAAACAAGAUAGCUGUGGCUUUUACAAGUAAAGAGAUUUGUUUCUAUGAUCUAUUGUCCAAAGAAGAAUUUCCUUGUCAGUAUAGACUCCAAGGCCUGAAAGGAACACCAAUUUGCAUGGAUUAUUGGUAUGACCCUCUUGAUGCCAAUGAGUCAAUUCUUUCUUUUGGGGACAUAACCGGAAAGGUUCAGGUAAUUGCUUUCACAACAGCCUUGAUUUCCCUUUUCGAGCGUCCGGCUAGUGCAUGUGAAGAUGAAGAAGCUACUGUGACCAUUCACUGGGCAGAGCUGCUCUCUGGGUAUCAUAAAUGUUGCUAUACAUUAGAGCAUAAACUUCAUCAUGGAGAUUGGGUCAGACAAGUUACUUACAAUGCAUCUUUAGAUGCUUUUAUUUCCAGUACAACCAGCAAUACCAACACUGUGGUGCUGGCUUGGAGAGAGAAAGCCAAAAAACAUCUUAAAAUGACAUCCUUCAGCAUUGCCCAGGGCAUUCAUGCUUUUGAUUACCACUCUCGGCUCAAUUUAAUUGCCACUGCUGGCAUUAACCAUAAAGUUUGCCUUUGGAACCCUUAUGUUGUCUCUAAGCCGGUUGGUGUCCUUUGGGGUCACUCUGCCAGUGUGAUAGCCGUCCAGUUUUUUGCUGCAAGAAAACAACUUUUCAGCUUCUCCAGAGAUAAAGUUUUGAGACUCUGGGAUAUUCAGCACCAGCUGUCCAUCCAGAGGAUAGCUUGCUCUUUUCCCAAAAGUCAAGACUUCAGGUGUCUCUUCCAUUUUGAUGAAGCCCAUGGACGACUUUUCAUCUCAUUUAAUAAUCAGCUAGCAUUGCUGGCAAUGAAGAGUGAAGCUGGCAAGAGGGUGAAAAGCCACAAGAAAGCAGUCACUUGUGUGCUUUACAAUUCAGUCUUGAAGCAGGUAAUCAGCUCUGAUGCGGGGUCGACUGUUUCCUUCUGGAUGAUAGACACCGGGCAGAAAAUCAAACAGUUUACAAGUUGCCAUGGCAACGCAGAAAUCUGCACGAUGGCCCUUGAUGCAAAUGAGACACGGCUUUUGACUGGCAGCACAGAUGGGACAGUAAAGGUCUGGGACUUCAAUGGCCUUUGUCACCACACACUAAAUGUUGGGCAAGAGGGAGCUGUGGAUAUUUCACAUAUUCUGGUUCUGAAGAAGAUAAUACUGGUUACAGGCUGGGACAGGGCUAUUACUGUGUUCCGACCUCAGAACUUCAAUCAAUUUUUCAUCCACCCUGAAGAAUGGAAGGGAGGAGUACAGCACCGUGACGAUAUCUUAUGUGCUGCAUUUUUACCUCCACAAACUCUUGUUACAGGGAGUUAUGAUGGAGAAAUUGUUCUAUGGAACAAUAGCACAGAAAAUGCUCAUCACGUCCUUCAUCCUGAUUACCAGCGGCUGCUAAAAACAAAAUCGGAUACAGAGUCUCAGAAGUUUCUCAGUGCUGGGAAGAGAUGCUCCACCCUCCCCAUAGCAGACCAGGCUACCCUGGGAGCCUGUUCCUUAGAGACGGACACAGAGCGCAAUAAUGCUGUUAUGAGGCUUUGCUUCCUUGAAGCAAGAAAAAACACCGCAGCAACAGGGGGAGCCAACCUGGUGUCAUGUGGAGGAUCUGGGUAUGUCAGAUUCUGGGAUACAUUUAAGAAACAACUUCUGGCUGAAUUUUUGGCUCACAGAGGAGUUGGUUCCAUUAUCAUGUCUACUGGCAAAUCAAAUCGAUACCUCGCCACAGGAGAUCUUGAGGGGUGGUUGAAAAUCUGGAAUAUAGAGGAGUACUGUCUUAAUUCCAAUGAAAACAAACUCACACAGGCCCCAACUCUGAUAAGAUCAUUCAGACCUCAUGAAGACUGGAUAAGUUCCUUAGCGAUGUGUGAGCCUGGCAGCCGCUCCCUGGUUCUCUCCGCCUCUGCAGAUUGCAGCAUCUGUGUGACUGAUGUCUGCAGUGCUUCUGUCCGGAUCUUUGGUCAGGGAAAGCAUUGGCAACUUGAGAACUGUUUUUCCCUUCCUAAAAGAGACAAUAAUUUAAUGGAAAAUAAGAUUCAAGAGGAAAGCGCAAAGGAAAUUCCUUUACUUUCCAAGGAGGAAUCAUGCUUGGACCCAACAAAACCUUCUCUACUUGAUAAGAAAAACAAAUAUUCAGCAGAUAGUGUCAGACCAUCAGAGGUCAUAAACUUAGGUAUGAAAUACAAGGAAAGGAAUGUUUAUAGGAAAAAAAUGCACCACCUUUACAAUAGUGAAGCUAUACAAAAAUCACUCAAUGCUUUUCGGUCAUUAAACAUUGGAACCUUGAAAGAGUUGCCUGAAGUGAAUAAACCAGCUUUUCUUCUAGACCCUGAGAAAUACUUCAGGGAAGACCUGGAGGAGGAAUGUCCCCAAAUUCCAGAGCUUCCACCACUUUCUGAAACGUUGAAAGCAGGAUUUGGUGAGAAAAACCUGUUCCCCAAAGAAAUUCUGGAUCGUGAAAGAAGAGUCAAGCAAUUAUGUCAAGAAACAAGUAGUGAAGUGAAGAUAAAAAGAAAUAAGAGGCCAUUACAAUUGAAAGAAAAAUAAAUAUUUCACAGUCACAUCAAGUAUUACAUAAAAAGAAAAAAAACGGAAUCGAGAAUUUUGCUCCUUUCUUUUACUUUGUAUUGGAACUUGAGGAAGUUUCAUUCUGAAAUAAUGUUUUAGUGCUGCUUUUAUCCAUCAGUUUUCACUUUCUCUGUGUUCUUAAUAAUAGAAAAAUGUGACUAAAGAGGGGGCAAUAGCAAUUGGUAUUAUCUAUUCUCAAGUGUUUUUAUAUAAAAAAUGUAUGAUUCCAGGACAAAAUAUUCUAACAAGUCACACUUCUUGUUGCUCCUAUACACAAAUGUUUUUGGUCAAUAUUCAUUGUAAAAUCAAUUUACAUUGACAUUAAAUCAGUACUAACAUAGUGAACGUCUAUACACCUGACUUAGAAAAGCAUUCCCACUUAUUCAUACCCUUUCUAAGUUUUCAAAAAAUGAUUCUGCCAGUGCAAUUUAACCUUGUUGAUAGCAGCUAUUGCUAUGAAUUUUUAAUGACUUACAGUCAGCCUGCUAUGUACUUAUUGAGAAAUUACUGCAUAUGUUCUGCUUCUGUACUUUGUUAUACUAUACACUAAAAUUGAGUGACCAAGCACAACCAAAGAGGGAAUAGCCCCAGGGAAAAAAGGAGGUUAGGACUGUAUAAAAGGCUCAAUUCAUAUGUAAGGUCAAGUAGGGAAUAUUUGGUUCUGAAACAUAACAUGUCAUUUUUUAAAUCUAUUUUUCUUUAUAAAUAUCAUAAUCUAUCGGGCAACCUAUAUACUCUUAUGAUACUUUAUUUAAUCUGUCCUGUAGGAAUAAUUUAAUCAUUUAAUCAAUUUGUCCACAUA